CUUUCUCUCUUGCUAUUAUUUUUGCUUUUUCUUGAAAGGGUGUCAAUAACCCUACUUUUAUUUUAUUUUCUUUUUCUCUCUUUGUUUUUCACAAAUUUGGUUACACUUUGGGACCUGAGAUCCUGACUUAGCAAAACCAAAACCAACCCUUCAACCAGCAGCUGCCUGCUUCCGAAGAACCAAGAAAAACAACAUAAUUUUAGCAAAAGAAGAAACAAUUAUAUACAGAGAGAGAGAGUAGAUAAUCUAAAGUUAUAGGAGUGUGUGGUUAGUAUAAAUAUAGCAAGGAAAAAAAAAGGUUUUUUAAGGAAGAUUAUGGGGAGAGGAAGAGUAGAGUUGAAGAGGAUAGAGAACAAGAUAAAUAGACAAGUAACAUUUGCAAAGAGAAGAAAUGGGUUGCUCAAGAAAGCUUAUGAGCUCUCAGUUCUAUGUGAUGCUGAGGUUGCUCUUAUCGUUUUCUCUAACCGUGGCAAGCUCUAUGAGUUCUGUAGCAGCUCUAGCAUGCUCAAGACACUUGAUAGAUAUCAGAAAUGCAGUUAUGGUGCAGUGGAAGUUAACAAGCCAACCAAGGAGCUUGAGAUCAGCUAUAGGGAGUACAUAAAACUGAAAGCUAGAUAUGAGGAACUUCAACGAACACAGAGGAAUCUCCUUGGCGAAGACUUGGGUCCAUUGAACUCGAAGGAGCUUGAGCAGCUUGAGCACCAGCUAGAAUCAUCCUUGAAACAUGUUCGCUCCACCAAGACCCAAUAUAUGCUUGACCAGCUUCAUGAUCUUCAGAACAAGGAACAAAUGCUAAUGGAAGCUAACAGGGCUUUGUCAAUGAAGCUUGAAGAAACUAAUGCCAGAAACCAGUUUCGAGCAUCAUGGGAAGGUGGUGUGCAAAAUGUAUCAUUCAGUAACCAGCAGGCUCAAUCUAUAGGGUUAUAUCAGCCAUUGGAAUGCAACCCUACUUUGCAGAUAGGGUACUGCAAUCCUGUAGCUUCGGAUCAGAUGACUGCAACAUGUCAUGCCCAGCAAGUCAAUGGAUUUAUCCCUGGAUGGAUGCUCUAAAUUUUUGGUGCAAUUUCUCCAGUAUGGUUAAAAUGAUCAUAAUGCUUCUUGAUGCCGGAAAUGUGUAAAAAUGGUUUCAAGAGCAUAUAUGCAUAAUAUCCUGCAUUGACAUAAAUCACUACAGCAGUGACUGAAUUUGCUGGUAAGACUAUUGAAACCUUGAGCCACACAGACAAAAGGCUUGUGAUUAAACUAUUAAAUAUAUGACAAUGGAAGACUGGA